AUGCCGGGCCUCGCCUUAAGAGAUGCCUCCAGUGAUAGUCUAUUACCAGGGGCUAGAACUGACAAGAGGCACUCGAUUGACGACGAGGAGUCGCACUUCUGUACUCCCCUAGGGCGCGCAUCGUCAUGCUUGCAAAGAAGACUACCCCUGGUGAAGGACAUCUUGCUUGCAGCACUCGGAUUUCUGGGCCUGUCCGCUUUGUUGCUUACUCUCUAUCUUUCCAGCCAGGCCAAGACCGACAACAAGGACACAAGCGGCCUCUGGAGGCAAUCCUGCUACUGCGGUAAAUCCAUCGCGGAAGCCAAGACAAUGGGAUGCAAGUAUGACGCCCUGAGCUCAGCGUGGCUCCCGCCGCACUGCCGCGACGACGACCUGACGGCCGAGUUCCUGGCACACGAGGACGGGCCGUGGGAGUAUUGGGCGGAUCAGGCGCAUACCAAGUUGCUCACCUUGGAGGAGGUUUCGUCAUUAGCCGACGAGCCUGGUGCUCUUUUCCACUCGACAGGAUGGGAGCACCGCACUCAUUGUUUGUUCUACUGGCGUAAGGAGCAUGAUUGCACAUCAAGGGGCGGCAAGUGGAUUGGAGAUCAUGUACAGCAUUGUAUCAAAAUUAUUGACCAGCAGGGCGGCUAUGGGAGCGUCUCGGAUGUCGUUCUAGACGCUUAUGUAGCUGACGGGAAGCGGCACCGUAGUGUUUGUAUAGAUGCAUAG